GACCAAACAUCUUGUUAUAGUUGUUAGUAUUUCGACUUCGACAGCUUUAGACAAAAUAAAUGCCACCACGUUUGUUAGUAGAAUGAAAUCAUUGUUUGACUAUUUGAGGGAAAGAUGUGCAAAUGUUGAGAUUAUCUGUAAAGUUCGUUUUGUUUUUAUUAGUUAAGAGAGAAUAACAAAAGUAACGUUUUUCCGGUGAUGUAAGGAUUUGACCGCAUCGUUUAGUGUUAUGAUGUUUAAUUAGUACCAUAUUCAACAAUAUUAGUGCAAUCUGGAACAAUAAAGAGAAACAAAAAACUAUACUCGGUGUUUGAAUAUUAUAAAUGGCCCUAUUAUUCACAAGCAUGUGGGAUUCCGCAAUGUUUUUGAGCACCUUAACCCCAAAAUUUUACGUCGCUCUUACCGGAACGUCAUCCUUAAUUUCUGGAUUGAUUCUUAUUUUUGAAUGGUGGUACUUCAGAAAAUACGGAACAUCUUUUAUCGAGCAAGUGUCCUUAAAUCACAUAUCACCGUGGAUUGGUGGAGGUGACAGUGGAUCCGAUGGAAGUAAUUCGAGUUUAAAUGGUUCGAAUUCGAAUCAACAAAACGUUCCGGAGUGUAAAGUGUGGCGUAAUCCAAUCAAUUUGUUUAGAGGGGCCGAAUAUCAAAGAUUUUAUUGGGCUACAAACAAAGAACCAUUAACAUAUUAUGAUAUGAAUUUAUCUGCUCAGGAUCAUCAAACAUUCUUCACCUGCGAGGGUGAUACAGGUAAGGCUGAAUACGAAAUAAUGCAAACGGCUUGGAGAGAACGUAAUCCAGUAGUGCGGAUAAAAGCUGCGCAUAGUGCUCUUGAUCGUAAUCCCGAUUGUGCCCCUGCAUAUAUAUUACUUGCUGAAGAAGAAGCUACCACUAUUGUAGAAGCAGAAAAAAUCUUGAAACAGGCUUUAAAGGUAGCAGAAAAUAAUUAUAGGAGAUCUCAGAGUACGCAACAUCAAGGAUCAAUCGCGGAAGCUAUCCACAGGAGAGAUACAAAUGUAUUAAUAUAUAUUAAACGACGCUUAGCUAUGUGCGCGAGAAAACUAGGGAAACUAAAAGAAGCUGUAAAAAUGUUUAGGGAUUUGACAAAAGAAGUUCCACCAAUUAUGAAUGUGUUAAAUAUUCAUGAAAAUUUAAUUGAAGCUUUAUUAGAAAUGCAAGCGUACGCUGAUGUUCAAGCAGUAUUAGCAAAAUAUGACGAUAUAAAUCUACCAAAAUCGGCAACUAUUUGUUAUACAGCUGCGUUAUUGAAAGCGCGAGUAGUUGCAGAUAAGUUUUCAACAGACAUUGCUAGUAAAAGAGGCUUAACUACUCCAGAAAUGAUAGCAGUUGAAGCUAUUCACAGAGCUGUUGAAUUCAAUCCUCAUGUACCUAAAUAUUUAUUAGAAAUGAAACCUUUAAUUUUACCACCAGAACAUGUACUGAAAAGAGGAGACUCCGAAGCAAUUGCCUAUGCAUUCUUCCAUCUUGCACAUUGGAAACAAAUGGAAGGUGCUCUUAAUUUAUUACAUUGCACUUGGGAAGGUACAUUCAGAAUGUUACCAUAUCCCUUGGAAAGAGGACAUUUAUUUUAUCCAUAUCCAAUCUGCACAGAAUGUGCAGAUCGUGAACUUUUACCUUCAUUUCACGAUGUAAGCGUCUACCCAAAGAAAGAAUUGCCGUUUUUUAUUUUAUUUACAGCAGGUCUAUGUUCCUUUACAGCACUCUUAGCGCUUUUAACGCAUCAGUAUCCUGAUACUAUGGGCGUAGUUGCACGAUCGAUGCUUGCCUGGUUUUCUCAUCCAUUUUAUUAUAUUUUAGACAAAUUGGAAGCUAUUUUACCUUCUAAUUUAUUACAACAGCUCUCUAGAAUAUAAGACAUUUGUAUGAUCUCUGUAAUCAUGACUUAUUGUGAUAUUUAUGAUACUUAUGCUUUCAUUGUCAUAUACAUCCAUUAUAAUAUAUGUACAUCCGUACUUCCCGAAUUUCUUAUGACUGAUACCCUAAUAUGUAUUUAUAGAAUCGAUUAUUUACUUAAUGUUGUUAGUUAAGAGCGCCGUAUAGCGAUCAAUGUACAAUUAAAAUAAAAAUUUGAAUAUCUUUGAGUUAUCUUCCUAUUUCUUUCUACGUGUUUCGUACUUGAGAUUUUAUCUAGGUUAGGAUGUUCGGGUGUAUCGAUAAAAAAUGAAUUUGAUUGGAUUUCAUAUUUAUUUAAUAAUUGAUAUUAUCAGUAGCUCAUAAUUGGAGGCGAAAGAGCAAGGCAAAUCAGAGAUACUAAUGUUUUAAUUUAUACAGAAGAUGCAGAAUGUAUUAUAUGAAAUCAAUGAAUUUUUUUUAUAACCUUUACAAUUGUUUAUGGUAAAUAGGAGAAUUGCACUGAAUAGCUGAAACGGUAUACGCAAAUAUACAGUAUUAAAAUGCAAAGUUUGUUGAGCGUUAUGCAAUAUCAAUUAUCCUGAAUCUCUGAUCAGCCUUUCUAUCAUGAGACGGUUAUGACAGAAGAAAGAGAGUUAAGACACUUGGAAGUCAGACGGCCCAGGUUUUAUACAUAGGCUGGCUCGCUGUGACUUUGAUUUUGCUUCAAACAUUCAUUCUCAAUUAAUCUUAACCAAUAAGUGAUAAAAUUUGUCACUUUAUAUACAAUACCUCUUUACUUUAUAAUUUACUUAAACGAACAUAUGUAACGCAGAAAUA